ACACAAACAAGAAGUAACCGGAAGUACAUUGGACUAGCCAACAACAAAAUGUUGAAAUGACAGAAGCUGGCGCAACCCAUGAGCGGCUUUGUAAACUAAACUACUUUGAUUACAAUAAGGUGACGUCUCGCGUGCUGGCUCCUGGUUAAACUUGUCAAAAUGGAGGAAGAUUUGCAACUGCGGUCUUUCAUGUUCCUCAUGACUUACAUGCUGCUGAAGCGCAGGAGAGACAUCAACAACGCAAACAUUCAGAGACGUGAUGAGAUCCAGAGACGCAUCAGACAUCGGCAGUACUUCUUCCAGAGACAGAGAAGGAUGCUUAUGAUGAUGAUAGCAGGAGGCAUCCGCUCCAAUGUCCGUAUCCGCACACGCCCCUGGACCACCACUCCAAGCACUGAUUGGUGGGAGCGGGUGGUGAUGACAGAAUUCCAGCCGUCUGAUUGGCUGGAUAAGUUCCGUAUGAGCCGUGAGACGUUCUUCUACCUCUGUGACAAGCUGAGGCCCCGCCUGGCUCGCCAGGACACGAGCUUUCGCCUGGCGCUCCCAGUGGAGAAACGUGUAGCAGUUGCUCUGUGGCGUCUGGCAUCCAACAUUGAAUAUCGCACCAUCAGCACCCUGUUUGGUGUGGGAAAGUCGACCGUGUGCAGGUGUGUUCGAGACAUGUGUCACGCAAUCGUGUCGCUCCUCAGCUCCAUCUACCUGGGCCCCCCCAAUGAGCAAGAGCUGGAGGAUUCAGCUCAGCUCUUUUUGUCCCACUGGGGCUUCCCUCACUGUGUUGCCGCCAUAACAACACUCCACACAGCUAUCAUCACCCCAUCAAACAACACGUCUGACUAUGCCAACCCUGCUGGCUGGCUCUCAGUGCUGUCUCAGGUGGCUGUUAGUGGUCGGGGGCAAUUUUGGGAUGUAUGUGCCAGUUUCCCUGGUGGGACGGAGCCAAUUGACAUUUUACAGAAUUCAUCGCUAUGGGCCACAGCUGCAGAAGGUGGCAUGUCGCCUGCUUCACCGUCUGUCUUCAUGGGAAGACCACUCAGGUAUGUGCUACUGGGGGAAGCUUGUUACCCUCUCCAGAGCUGGCUAAUGAAGGCCUAUCCUGAGGAGAAGGGCAGGAGGGCAAGCCAUACAGCACUGACAGAGCAGCAGCGACUCUUUAAUCAGCGGCUCACCAAAGCGCUGCAGGCACCUGAUGAGGCCCUGCUGAGGCUGAGGGCACGCUGGCAGUGUCUGAGCAAGAGGAAUGACUGUGGACUGGACGUGGUGCCCACCAUGAUUCUAGCUUGCUGCAUUUUACACAACAUGUGUGAGUCCCAUGGAGAUGCCUUCAAGACAGAGUGGCAGUUGGAAGUGGCUGAGACCGAGAGCCCUCAGCCCAGCCACAAGCAGCUCGUCUCAACCAGUAUGGACCAAAGUCACGCUGAGGAGGUCCGACAACUCUUCUGUGACUAUUUUGAACGGCAGAAUAAUUGAAAAUGUUGAAAUCCUCAUAAACAUUUGUACUUGUACUAUAAUGCAUUUAAAGAUACAUGUAUCUUAAUGUAUGUGAAAGGGACAGUUAAAUCAAAGUGCUAUCUAGUUAAAUUGUAAUUGAUAAAAGGCAGUCAUUUCUACAGCCAAUAUCUCAAACUCAGCAAUAUACAUCAAAAUAAUCUAGAUGCAUAAAUAGUCAUAUAAUUUUCAUUUUUGGAUGUACUGUCCCUUUAAAGUGUCGACAUGUUGGCACUGUUCUCAGUCUAUAGUUGAGCCUACAUGAACCAGACAUGGACAAAGUCAAAGUGAGACUGAUUUAAAAAUAAGCUAAAGCUAACUAUGUAAACCAGCCAGUCAUACCAACCCUGAGAGGAUCUAAAAUAAUACAUGCUAUAUAACACAUGAUACAUGUAUGGGAAAACCGCUUAUUUUGGUGCUGCAAUAUGCCCAAUCAGCACAUUUUGCCCCACUAACACAAAGCAAAUUUGUCUUUUUCCUUUUUUUUAAAUGUAUCAAACAGUUAUUUACUACUGUGUAAUAAGCAUCACAGUCUGAAGGGACUGCUGAUAUGACCACCAGUGUAUGCUUCUUCUACUUCUUGUGACACUGCUCCUAUGUUUUAUUUAUACAUUUGUAUGCAGUGCAUCACUGCAUAAAGAGUCUAGUUUUGUUUGAAGUAAGGUUGUGGUAUGUAUAGUUUCAUCCUGUCUUUGAUGCAGUCUUGUAAUCAGUGUGUAAUGGAAACAUUUGUUACAUGGUGGUGAAGAACAUACAAAAAAAAUCCCACAUAUUUCUGAA